UGUCCCGCGUCUCUCCGGACUGAGCCCGUCACAGCACAUUUGAUCCCUGAUAGGAGGACACCAACACUGCAUCCCUCCCAUCCUCCUCUCCUCCACAGUCGUGUUUACUAAAGGUGAGAUAGGCCGUAUAAAUUCCUCGAGUGUGCGCAGAUCACAUCCUCAGAGGAGAACGGAAAAGGAGGAGGAGGGAAAACAGCAGGAAAACAAGCGAACCUAAGGGAGCGGAGCUGUGUUUACCGCUCACUGAGCGUAGACGCAUAAGACGCUGGCUUCCAGUCAUCCAGGGCGGAGAAACCUCGUUGGAUGCACCGAGAAGCAGGACGAGUGAGCGUAGAUGCUGACAAGACCCGAGAAAGGGAGAAAUAUUUGGUGAUUAGACUCAAUCUUUUAAAUUGGAAUAAGCGUUUGCAUUCGACAGCGAUGGAUUUCAGCUGUCGGCACUAAGGCUCCCAGUUCUAAAGUUCUUGUGACCUAAGGCCCUUAUGGCGCUUGUUCACGAAUCUCGUGCUCCCUCUCCUUCCCUGUCCGGCUUCAACACACCCCUCUCUGAUCCUCCAUCCUAUCGUCGCCUCGAUGCCGAAACACCCUGUACCCCAGAAAUGGACCUUACCCCGACCCAGUGUGUCCUUCGCAAUGUCCUAUCUAUAGACACCGGAGGAGCCGUAGAGCCCGAAGGUGGAGGGGGAGAGGGACAGAGCGCGGGGCACAACCAGACACCGGGCGAGGAACAACAGGAGCACUUUGCCAACAGCAUCCUGAAGCUCCACGAGCAUGACAGGAGUCCAGGAAGGACGGAGGGAGAGGGGCAGGAGAUGGAUAGCAGUGCAGUCAGGAACCAUACCUGUGACGCCAGGCUACAGUGCCAGUCUACUGGAGGGGGAGGAGGGUUUCUGGAAGGGUUGUUUGGGUGUCUGCGGCCUGUCUGGACUAUGAUCGGCAAAGCAUACUCCACAGAGCACAAACACGGCCUGGAUGAGGCAUGGGAGAUACCUUUUGAGGAAAUAUCUGACCUGCAGUGGGUUGGCAGCGGAGCCCAGGGUGCUGUCUUUCUGGGAAAACUGCACGGACAGGAAGUGGCUGUAAAGAAAGUGCGGAACAUCAAAGAGACCGACAUCAAGAACCUGCGCAAGCUCAAGCAUCCCAACAUUAUCACUUUCAAAGGUAUUUGUACCCAGGCUCCAUGUUACUGCAUCAUCAUGGAGUACUGUGCCCAGGGACAGCUGUACGAGGUGCUGAGGGCAGGCAGGAAGAUCCAUCCCUCACUGCUCAUGGACUGGGCCAUGGGCAUCGCUGGGGGCAUGAACUAUCUUCACCUCCACAAGAUCAUCCACAGAGACCUCAAGUCACCAAACAUGCUGAUCACUUAUGAUGACUCUGUGAAGAUCUCUGAUUUCGGCACGUCAAAGGAGCUCAGUGACAAGAGCACCAAGAUGUCCUUUGCCGGUACGGUGGCCUGGAUGGCUCCUGAGGUCAUACGCAACGAACCCGUCUCAGAGAAAGUGGAUAUUUGGUCAUUCGGUGUGGUGCUGUGGGAGAUGCUGACAGGCGAGGUGCCCUAUAAGGACGUGGACUCCUCGGCUAUCAUCUGGGGAGUGGGCAACAACAGUCUCCAUCUGCCUGUACCUGAUAGCUGUCCAGACAGCUUCAAACUGCUCCUCAGGCAAUGCUGGAACUGCAAGCCAAGAAACAGACCCUCCUUCCGACAGAUUCUCCUGCAUCUAGACAUUGCUUCCGCAGAUAUCCUUUCAACACCCCAAGAAACCUACUUCCAAUCUCAGGUGGAGUGGAGGGACGAGGUGAGGCAUCACUUUGAGCAGAUAAAGUCUGAGGGGACAUGUAUUCACAGGCUGGAUGAGGAGCUGAUCAAACGACGCAGGGAAGAACUCAGACAUGCGCUAGACAUCCGGGAGCACUACGAAAGGAAAUUGGAGAGAGCCAACAAUCUUUACAUGGAGCUCAACGCCAUCAUGCUGCAGCUGGAGAUCAAAGAGAAAGAACUGCACAAGAGGGAGCAGUCACUAGACAAGAAGUAUCCGGGCUGCUUCAAGCACCAGAGCUCCAGACAGUCAGCCUCCUCCAACUCUAUGGAGAAACUCAUGAAGAAACGCAACGUACCACAGAAGCUGCCCUCACACAGCAAGAGGCCUGACUUAUUAAAGUCAGAGGUCAUCCUGCCCAAACUAGACUCUUCCAUGACCCAGGUUACAAUCCCAAACAAGGGCUCUACCUCCCCGGGUCGCUCACGGCGAGGAAAGCCGCGCUACAGGAAGGCUGGUAAAGGCAGCAGUGGGGACUUGGCUCAGCUGAAAGCCACUCUAUCCUCUUCAUUAGCCAUGGUCAACUGCACCUCAUCUGUGCCCAGCAGCAAGCAGCAUUUAGACCCCAGUGCAGCUCUCAGGGGCCUGCAGCAUGAUCUGCUGCUCAAGAAGAUGUACUCCUCCAGCCCGGACCUCAUUUCAACCACAUUGGAGGCGGAGGACCGGAGGAAGGGCCAGGUCAGGACGGGGCUGGACAGAGUGGGCAGCCAGAGCGCCUCAGCCGGGCUGGGGGAGAGCAGAAGGACUGGCGAGACUGAGGAGGGGCCGGAUGUGGGUCUAGGGACUGAAGAUUUAGCAGGAACACCUCCACGCAGUGACACGCCCAGUGAAGAUGCAGCUUCCAUCCCUUUCUCCAGUAGCCCUGAAUCACCAUGUGGCAGAGGAGCAGCGGCGGGAAGAGCGUCUGUGCUAGGGAACCCCCGUGUUUCGCACGAGGGUGAGGAGAAGGAGGAAGGGACAGUCAUCACACGCUCACCAAGAAGUCAACGCCUCACUCCUGCAGCACUGCUUUACAGGGCAGCCGUCACACGCAGUCAGAGACGUGGAGUGUCAUCAGAGGAAGAGGAAGGAGAAGUGGACAGUGAAGUGGAGUUGCCAAGGAGACGGCGUCCCAUGAGCAUGACCAAGUGCCAGUCCCUGUCCACCUUCAGCUCAGAGAACUUGUCGGUCUCGGACGGUGAGGAAGGGAACACCACCGACCACUCCCACAGCGGCACACCGGACGUGGUCAGCACCAACACCGACGAGCGUCUGGAUGACAAGAGUGACGACCUGCUCUCCCAGGGCUCUGAGAUCCCUGCCGACCCAUCCGACCCGACCCAGCUGGGUUCUGACGGGAUGUCUGAGAAAGAAGCUAUUCUUCGCCAAGUCAAGACCCAGCUCGCUAGCAAUGAUCAUAACUUUGAGGGCCUGUAUGAUGACUCGGACUGUGACAGUGCAGAGCUGGAUCAUUCAGGCAGCGCAGACCCUGGCCAACCUCCAGCCAACUGGUGAAAAUCUCCCUAACCCACUCAAACUCCUGCAGAUCCGGCCUGAGAAUGUCUCUGUUAUUCUAACAGACCUUCAAAUGCAUGAGUCACGAUCAGGGACAUUUCAUUGACAGGGAAUGAAGGUGCAUCUCCGUCAUCAAAAGCAGGAAAACCAAACAAACCCUUGGUGAGUGUUCUCAGAACCCUGAUAUCCUUGGGGGUAGAAACAUAAAAUCCUUUUUAAUUUUAGAUAAAUGCGUUACAGUUGUGUGAAAUUGAUUUGGGACAAUAGCCGAGCUGAUGGAGCAACUGGCCCAGGAUCAGCUCUGCAAAGGCCUCAGUCAAAGAAGCCAUCCGCACUACUGAUUAUUUCUCUUUCAUCGUCCAUUUGUAUUUUUCUCUCCGUCAUGAAGAUGUGUCAUGUUAUAUCACACCAUGUAAUGAGAACAUGAUAAUAAGAUCCUAUCAGGGUGUCAUGAUAUUUAAUGUUCUAUUGUCAGCAUCACCGGGACAUACACUGAUGUUGCUGCUUGCACUUAUUUUAUGAAAUGUACUGAUUUCAUGAUCCCCGUGUCAUAUUGCUUUCCUCUCAACAUGUUAUGCAAUGACUAAUUUAUUCUUAUUUUACAGUGAAUUUAUUGACAUUCUUAAAACAAUGUUUACAUUUUUCAUUUGUGUUUACAUUUUUUGUUUGUGUUUUAGAUCAUGGAUUAUGUUUUCAUUUUUUUACUCCUUUAUUUUAAUAUCUAUGUAAAUAUGUGAUGUUGUAUAAUGAACAAAUUUUAAAAAUGUGAGAUUGUAUAAUUUAAAGGUGCUGAUGUUUCUAAUUAAGUGGCGCUACUCUAUUUGAACCUCAGAAAGCUUUUGGUAGUAGAAUGUACUGUAGCUGCUGUUCAUGUCCGAGCAUCGAAACACAGAUAAGAGUAACAUGUGAACAAAGAAAAAGCAAUAUGUCUGCUCUGGUGAAGUAUGUCCUGUCACAGGUCAGAAUAACCACAGCUGAGUUCAUUCAGGGCAGAUGGGCUUCUUUAUUAGUAUUUGAGUGUUUACUGUAUUAACAUGCAAAACCCUCUUGCCAUCUAGGGGUGUAUAUAGCAUCAGAAAAGCAUGCUUGUGAUGAAGUACUGAGAGCCUUUUGGUCACUGCUUGUGACGCGGAUCAUAUUGGAUCCAUCCACAGAGAAAAAGAUGCAACUAAAGACUGCAGAUUUAUGGCAGUCAUUUUAAGACUUGAGGCAUAUGGAUGACGGGGAUACAAAACACCAAAAUAGAUCUCAGAAUAACUGGAAAAUAUGAUUAUAUCUAUGGUUGUCUGUUUUAACUCAGUUAUGCCUGGCUUGUGGCCACGCUGUUUGCAGUGUACCAGCACAGAAAAGAGAUUGGGAGUUGUUCAUAAUUUCUGUAAAUUGAACUAUGUGGCUCGUCCUUUAGAUUCUAGUAUUAUUUUAGUGAGGAAAUCACAAAAAGACCACAGGACAUAUAACCUUUAGCUUGCUCAAAGCUGAAAAAUGUAGACCUCAAUUUAUGUAGACCAAAUCAGUGUCCACCACCUGCAAUAUGGCCAAUUUGACUUACUCUCUCCCUUAAUAUAGCAUUUUUCAACAGGGAAGUUUCAAAAGCACAUUAUAUAUGGUUUAUCAAUUUUUGAAAGAGCACUCCGACCUUGUCCUCACUUGCUGAAUUUUGGCCAAUAGAUGGUAAUUUGUUUACCUAUGUGCAAGGGCUCUUUCUUAACAGAUAAUACGAUAGAUAUUACUCAUGUUUUGAUGUACUUGUGUCCCUUGACUAGCCUUCUUGCAUGCAUGUGGUUCCAUCUGACUGUACAACAGCACUGCAGCCUAUUCCAUUAAUUCACGACUGAUCAGGUCUAACUCAAUAAGCUAGAAUUGGCAGCUUCCGUUUUUUAAUCUGGUGUUUUAAGAGAUUUUAAGAUAUUGUGCCCCCAAGAUUUAAAGAUAGAAACCCUCCUGCAGGAGAAAAUGUUGCCAAAAAGCAUAACUACUGCCCUCUAGUGUCUCAACUGUGGAGGUACUUGUUUUCCAUCAUGCUGAUUCAAACAACCCUGUAUGAACAAAAACGUUUGCUUUUUAUAUUAUUGUCACUGUACAAUAAAUAUAUUUAAGAAACAAUUUUAAAUAAAAUCAAACCUGUAACAUCUCAAAUCGUGGUUUUAGUAUCUUUCAGUGACAAAACUCAAGACAAGAAGUGGUUCGAGCAUUUCACAUCUUUAUUUCUGUAUUUUUUAAACAAUGUUGUGGCACCCAGGUCUACAGUCUCAAAAA